AUGUUUAAUUAUUAUGAAUCUAAUCCAUAUGAACUGUCAAGUGUAUGUCCAUAUUCUCGUGGACUUGUUCAAUUUGCUUCACGAUUAGGUGGGACAAUUGAUCCAGAAUUUUUAAAUUUAUGUCAAAUAAUGGAUCCAAAGUUUCAAAAAGCUGUUGAUGAAUUAAAACCUAUACCAUUGAAAUUCGAAGUACCAUCAGAAUAUUAUGGUUAUCAAGAAGAUAUUUAUCUUGAUAUAGAUCCACGCAGUGCAACAGAUUUUUAUAAUGAAUGGGAAUUUAAAGAGCACAAUUCAUGGUUAGGAUAUACCAAUCCAUGGAAUUCAAUGGAUGAUGUUGAUAAUGAUAUUUUUAUCGAUUUUAUGUGA